CACCGCCCCCGCCGCCCUCCCUCGCCGCGAGGGUGCAGGUGUCCGAGUGUGUGUGCGCGAGGUAACGGCUGCGACCCUCGGUGUGUGCGUGCGUGUGUGCGUCAGUGAGUGGGCAGGGACCCGGGCCCUGGGCAGACUGGGGUCCCUGGGCGGAGGAGAAGGAGUGUUGUGGGCGGGGAGAGAGAGGGAGGGCAGUGUAGGCCGCGGGAUCCCGGGCGGCGGCAAGUCAGUAACGCCCGCGAGUCAGACGGUGUGUGUUGGGUGCGGCGGUGUCGGCCCCGCUGCCCGUGUAGUUAGUUAGUCCAGUGUAGCUAGUGACUGCCCCCGCUCCCUGCUGCCCCUGCUGCUGGUUCAGGCGCCCCUGCCAGCUGCCCUGCACCAUGUCGACGCACCACUAUUACAAGGAACGCCUGGGGCUCGACCCCACCGAGGCCCGCGCCAACGGAACCCGCGACGGCAAGAACACGGGCGCGGAUUUCAAGACCUUCGGCGGCUACGAGGAGUCGCUCAGCAAGUUCAAAGGUAUUGUCUACACGCUCAACAUCUACCAGCUGAUAGACGAGCGCGAUGCCAUCCAGAAGAAGACGUUCACGAAAUGGGUGAACAAACACUUGAAAAAGCACUGGGGAUAUGGCGAGCAGUAUACCUGCAUCACGGUGUGCGGAAACUGGAGUGAGGAGGCCGCCUUUUCGCCCGUUGCGGGCAAGCAGGUGCGGGACCUAUUCGAGGACCUGCGAGAUGGCCACAACCUCAUCUCGCUGCUGGAGGUGCUGUCGGGCGAGCACCUGCCGAGGGAGCGGGGCCGCCUCCGCUUCCACAUGCUGCAGAACGUCCAGCUCACCCUCGACUUCCUCAGAUACCGCAAGAUCAAGCUCGUGAACAUCCGUUGUGAGGACAUUGUCGACGGGAACCCCAAACUGACCCUCGGCCUAAUAUGGACCAUCAUCCUCCACUUCCAGAUCUCGGACAUCAUGGCGGGCCAGACGGAGAACCUGACGGCCAAGGAGGCGUUGCUGCGCUGGGCCCGCAAGACCACGCACAAGUACCCGGGCGUGGAGGUCAAGAACUUCACCACCUCUUGGCGCGACGGCCUCAGCUUCGUGGCCAUCAUCCACAGGAACAGUGAGGUCAUCCAAAGCAGAAGGGCCGAGCAGAGUGUAGCCCUGGAACCCGGGGGACCAGAACCUCUUAGUCCUGGUCCUGGCCACCCCGACCCUGCGCUACCCGACCUAGUUGACUGGAGGAACCUUCGCCAGAGGACUCCCCGUGAGCGCCUGGAGACUGCCUUCCACGUCAUGGAGCGCGAGUACGGCGUGACACGACUUCUCGACCCUGAAGAUGUUGAUACCCCGGAACCAGACGAGAAGUCGCUCAUCACGUACGUGUCUCAGCUCUACGAGAUCUUCCCAGAGCCACCCAGCAUCCACCCGCUCUUCAACAUCGAGGCGCAACGUAAGCUGGAGGAGUACCGCGAGCUGGCCUCCACGCUGCUGUACUGGAUCCGCGAGCACACCUCAAUCAUGAAGGACCGACACUUCCCCACCAACACUGUCGAACUCAAGAGGAUGGCCCACGAAAGCACCAGAUUCCGACAAGAGGAGGUCCCGCCGAGACUGCGGGACAAGAACAGCUGCCAGCGCCUGUACCGGGACAUCCAGAAGCUUCUGGACGGCACGGGCUUCCUGGAGGAGCAGCUGGCCCCGGAGCUCCAAUACAACAACGUGGACUCCGAGUGGAACAAGCUCAUGUCCCUCUACCAGGAGCGGGACGACGCCCUGCACGACUCUCUCUCCGGUGCUGACAGGCUGCAGCGGCUGGCGGAGAAGGUCCACCGUGAGAUCAAGCAGACGGAAAUCACCCUGGAGGAGGUGGAGAUUCGCAUUGAGGACGAAGCGAGGCGGGUGGAGCGCCUGCACCCCAUGGACGCCAAGAGGAACUGCGACGCCCUGGACGGCGAGCUGGCGCAGUGCGAGGACACCAUCAAGACGCUGCACACCGACGUGAAGGUGCUGCGGGAGGGAAAGUACCACGAGGCGCCCACACUGCAUAAAAGGGUUGUGAAGCUGGAGGAGCGCUACGUGAGUGUGCGCACGCUCUUCGAGAACCGGCUGCUCAUCGUGCUCAACAACCGCUCCUUCACGCAGCAGGAGUCCUACACCACCACCAAGAGGAUCGUGGUGUCCGAGUCCCGCCUCGUGGAGACCAACGAACACUUCCGCUUCCUGCAGGAGUGCAUCAACUGGUGCAAAGACAAACUGAAAAAGUUAAACGACAGCGAAUACGGCAACGACCUGGCGGCUGUGGAGAAGGAGUACGACAGCCACCAGAAGGAGCACAAGAUCAUCCACCAGUUCCACACCAACGUCGACCAGUGCGCCGCCGCCGAGAACAACUUCAGCGGCGAGGAGCACAACGUUUACAUCAACCUCCUGUCCCAGCUCCGCAAGAUCUACGCCGAGCUUUUGUCUCUGAGCAACAAGCGCGUCUCAGACCUGCACAGCCUGCUUGACUUCCUGCAGGCCGCCACGCAGGAGCUGAUCUGGCUCAACGAGAAGGAGGAACAGGAGCUGAACCGAGACUGGGCCAACAAGAGCCUCAAUAUCAGCGACGUGGAGCGCUAUUACGAGAAACUGAUGGGCGACCUCGAGAAACGCGAGGUGCAGUUCAGCGCCGUGCAGGACCGCGGGAACAGCCUGGUGAUCGGCCACCACCCCGCCAGCAAGACCGUGGAGGCGUACCUGGCGGCCAUGCAGACCCAGUGGCAGUGGCUGCUGGAGCUGACGCUGUGCCUGGAGACCCACCUGCAGCACGCCGCGCACUACCACACCUUUUUCACCGACAUCGCCAACGCGGAGCAGUGGAUCAUGGCUCACGACGAGAAGCUCAACACCACCUUCUCCGUGACCGACUUCGGGCUGGACGACGGCGAACAGCUGCUACGCGAGAUGCAAGACGUGCGUGAGUCCUUGGCCCAGUUCAACGGUACUGUGGACGAGCUAAUCGGCCGCUCCAAGACGGUGGUGCCGCUCAAGCAACGCCGCCAGACCCUGAGGCACCCCACCACAGUCACGGCCAUCUGCAACUACAAGAAGAUGGAUAUGAGCAUCAACAAGGGCGAGCGUUGCACCGUUCACGACAACAGCAACCGAGUCAAGUGGAGCGUCGUCAGCAGCUCCGGCGCCAAGGGCAUGGUCCCCGGCGUGUGCUUCACCAUCCCGCCGCCCAACCAGGAGGCCAUUGACGCCGCCGAGAAGCUGAAGCGUCAGUACGAGCGCUGCAUCGCCCUCUGGCAGAAGAAACAGCUGAGGAUGCGCCAGAACAUGAUCUUCGCCACCAUCAAGGUUGUCAAGAGCUGGGAUUUGGCACAGUUCAUUGCCAUGGGAGCCGACCAGCGCAACGCCAUCAGGAGGGCGCUGAACGAGGACGCCGAGAAGCUCCUGCAGGAAGGCGACCCCAACGACCCGCAACUCCGCCGUCUGAAGCGCGAGAUCGAUGAGGUCAACCGACUCUUUGACGAGUUCGAGCGUCGCGCCUCCGAGCCCAAGCCCGGCGCGGUGCUGGUGGAGCAGUGCAGCAGCCUGAAGGAGUACCUGGACCUGAUGGAGAAGAUGCUCAUCCAGCGCUGCCUCGCCGGCAUCCCGCGGGACCUCGACCUUCUGGAGCAGCUCGUCAUCGAACACAAGCAAUUCGAAAACGACCUCUCAUCCCGCGAGCUGGAGGUUGAAAGCAUCCAGAAGAACUACCAGAACCUGACCCGCCGCACGCCAGCCAUCCAGCGCACCGUUGAAUCCAUCACGCAGCAGUGGGACCGCAUCUGGGCCCUCUCGCACGUGUAUAUCGAGAGGAUGAAGUGCGUGGAGAUGGUGGUGACGGGCAUCGAGGAGGGCACGCAGGUGGUGUCCGAGAUCGAGCUGAAGUUAGCCGAGCACCAGGACCUGCCCGACGACCUGGACGACCUGGAACGCGAACACCAGGAGCUUCUUAAUAUCCAGCAGACCAUUCAUGACCACCAGGCACUCAUUGACAGGCUUCUGGAGGAGUGUCGCAAUGUCCGCACGCUGGUGGUCAAGUCUCGCCCCAGCCAGAAGAUCCACCCUGAUGUUGACAAGCUGGAGGAGGACGUGAGAAAGCUCCGCAUACGCUGGGAGAACAUGUGCUCCCAGAUUAUUGAGAGGCUGAGGAGCUGCGAGGCAGCCUGCGAGCUGCUCACCAAGUACCGUAACGGCCACGACUUGGAGAAGCGCGAGAUCAACCACCUCGAGGACGGCCUGCGCAUCCAGAAGAUCGAGGACCUGGGACCGUCUGAGGCUGAGCUUGAACUUGAGCGGCUGAGGAGUAUGUACAUGAAAAUUAUAGAGAAGAAAACAAGCAUAGAACAUGUAAAUAUCCUUGGCGGAAGGUUCAUUCGGGAAGCCAAGAUCUAUGACUUGCGCCUGUCCCAGUACAAGGCCAGUCUAGAAGAGGUGCACCCCAGCCUGGACGCGAGCCUGCGCAAGAGGCCGCGCAUCCAGAGUGGGGGUGACAAUGUCAUUCAGCAGCUCGACAAACUCAACAGCCAGUACCAGUUCGUCGCCGAUGAGACCUACGACCGCAUCGCCAAGAUCUACAACAGGUUCCAGCACGAGAAGAACUUUAACUUCCAGCUGGAGGACUUGUCCCCCGUGAGCCUCGAGAAGACCUUCCGCACGGAGCUCAACCUACCAGACUCCCACCAUGACUAUUCCGCCCCCGUCAUCCUCGAGGAUGAAGACAAUGAAUUCCGAGCCAAAUCCGAGGCCCACGUGACCGUCACCAGCGGCCACGCGCCCGUCCAGCGCCGCACGUCGGCCACGCAGCUCCUUGACACGGGCAGCGCGGUGGACGGGAGCGUGACCGCCACCACCACCACCCUGGCGGGCUCCUCCCUCCAGGUCACCACCACCACGUCCACCCGGCGCCAGGCUUCCGCCGUGGCGGCGUCGGGGGCCGCCGAGGCUCACAUUGUGCACCCCGUCUCAGGUGAUAGACUAACCCUGCACGAGGCCAUGGUGGGGGCGCUGGUGGACCUCACCUCUGCCACUUUUAUUCACCCAACCACCCAGGAGAAAAUUUCCCUCUCUGAGGCUGCCGAGCGCGGGUACGUGAAUCCCGCGCUGCUGCAGCACCUCGAGACGCCCUGUGGCAUUGUUGACCCCGCCACGGGCAAGGAGCUGACCCUGUUGGAGGCCAGCAGGCAGGGUCUGUACAGCCCCGAGGAGGGCUCCUUUAAGGACCCCACCACAGGCCAGCUGCUGGCACCCGAGGACGCCGCUAAGCUUGGGUUCGUCAUCCUGGAGAAGGUAAGCUUUUUCACCCAGCUUUGUGUGCCGGUGGUGGCUACGCUCACUCUUUACGAUGCCAUAGUUGAGGGCCAUGUCAAUGUGCGUACGGGAGAGUUCACCGUCCCCGCCUCAGGAGAAAAGAUUCCAUUGACUCAAGCCUUUGCCAAGGGCUACAUAUCCGCUGAACCGACGCCCGUAGCGACGAGUGGAGUGUCUCUUUCAGAAGCCAUCAGUCAGGGCUUCAUAGACAACUACUCCGGUCAGGCCGUAGACAGGAACUCCGGGAACAAGUACACCUUAGACGAGGCCAUACAGAAGGGACUGUUGGCCUCGCACGUUCGUGAGGUUGUGAACGCGGACACGGGAUGUAAACUCACGGUGUCGGAAGCAAUCAAGGACGGCGUGCUGGACGUGACGGCUGGACGCUACGUCAACAAUGUGACCGGGAAAAAGCUGCAGUUUUCAGAGGCUGUGGAGCAACAACUGAUUUGCCGGCCGUUCACCCUGAAGGACUGCAGCGACCUCAAGCUUCUGGACAGUAAGGGAGAGAUCCAAGACCCACAGAUCAAGGACCACAUUCCACUCCUAGAAGCCGUUGGAAAGGGAAUCGUUGAUGUGGAAUUGAAGUCUGUGAAGGACGCAGCCAGCAAGACGCUGCUCACCCUGCCCGAGGCCUUCAUGUUCUCGGUGCUGCUGCCGGAGGGGAAGUACCGCAACACCGAGACGGGCGAAGUGAUGAGCCUCCUGGACGCCGUCAACAAGGGCCUCAUCACCUCCGUGUCCACCAAGACCAUAUUUGACAUCGACGGCAUCAAGGACCCUGAGUCUGGGGAUUACAUCAGCUUCAAGGUGGCCUUACAGAAGGGCAUUAUUGAUACCCAGAGCGGCAUGUUCGUGGACCCGCGCACAGGAACCACCAUGACCCUGGAGGAGGCCGUGCAGGCAAAGCGCAUUCAGCCUCAGAUCCUCGAGACCCUGAAGAUGAAUAUUGGAAUGUUCGACUCAGAUGGGAAGGAGAUGAAUGUUGUUGAGGCUGUGCUGGGUGGCUGCCUGGACCCCAACACAGGCCAGGUGCUGGACCCCAAGACUGGCCAGUCCGUGGCUCUGGAGGACGCCGUCAGGAGGAACAUUAUCACCCCGGAGGGAGCGGCCACACUCCGAGGCUUGCUCAGCGUCACCGUGACAACCGCCACCAUCACCAAGACCAUCAAGAGGUAUGUGACCGUCAAGAGCACCGGCGUCCUCACCACAGAGUCGAGAGUCACCCUGCAGGAGGCCAAGGAGAGAGGCCUCAUCAAUGAAGCCCAGGGCACCUUCCAGGACCCUGAGAGUGGGGCGACGCUACCCCUGGAGGAGGCCAUUGAGAAGGGUCUGGUUACACUAUCAACAGAGUGGCCAGCAGCCCUUCCUGUCGGCCGCACCUCACUGGAGUCCCCAACCAGAGAGACAACCAAGCGUCACCUCUCCCCUGACAAGCCUCACAGCCCCAUCAAGGCACCAAGGAAGAGUUUGACGCCUGAAGACGAAAUGUUGAUCAAGGCGCCAGAGAAGCCAGUGAGGCGAGGGAGUGGGUCUGUGUCCCCUGAUAAGGCUGAGGGAAGGACAUCACCCAUAAAGACGAGCCGCCCAACCUCACCGGAGAAGAAAACUCCACCCAAGACUCCAGAAAGGAAAAGCUCCCUCAAAAAAUCAAGCCGUCCAACUUCGCCAUCCAAGUCGCCUGUGAAAGACUCCACACAGCUUGAGCCAAUGGACACCUCAGGCUCACCAACCAAGCUCAGGCCAGACACACUAUUCGAGGCACAGAAUGGCUCUAAGGAAGGCUCCCCGGUCAAGUCUCUCCACGAGUCUCCCUCCAAGACCCCCAGCACACAGCAAACAUCACCAUCCACACUGUCGAGAGAAACAUCCCCAAUAAAGUCGUUUGGCUCUCGGCCAGACUCGCCCAUGAAGUCAAGUGGCAUUGGACCGGAGUCUCCUCUGAAAACCGACGAGUCCAUGCCAACGUCUCCUGAAAAAGGGAUGGCGAAGGAUCAAAUCAUGUCCCCGGAGAGGCCGCCAAGGAAGGGCAAGGGCAUCAAGUCCCCAGCUGACUCCGUGGACAGCGCCAUGGGGAUUGUGGACGACCUGGACAUGACCUCCUCUGGGGCGUCCCUCACCGGCUCCACCAGUGCCUUCACCGAGAGCUACUCCAUAAGGACUCGAACACUUGAGUUGCCCCCAGACGGUUGGUACCUGAAGGAAGCCAUUGAGGAGAAGCUUUAUGAUCCAGUGAUGGGCUUGUUCACUAUACCAGGAACGGACAGGCUGGUCAGCUUUGAGGAGUGCGUGAAGAUAGGCAUCAUCGACCCCACCUCUGCAGAAGCCGUUGACCCUAAGAGUGGAAGGAGGAUCUCGCUCAUAAGGGCUAUAGAAAAGGGGGUCUUGGAUUGCACUGGAAGAUACCCGGAUGAGCACAACACCGAAAGAAAACUCACCAUGAAGGAAGCGAUCACCAAGCAGUUUGUCAUCCUGAAGGACCGCACGGAGGUGAUGGAGCAGCCAUCAAGUCGCGUCAUCCAUAUCACCAGCGUGGAGGGGCAGCCAGAUAAGGUGCAGGUGUGUGGCGGCGAGGGCGAGGUAGCCAGCACCUUCACGGAAAUCAAGACGAACGAACCCGCUGUGGAUGACACACACGUGGAGAUCAAACCAGGGAUGACCUUCCACCCGACCGAAGGGAACAUCCACUGUGAAGACGGGUCGGUUAUGGAUGUGGUCACUGCUGUCAAGGAGGGGAAAAUCCAACCCACGGGAGUCAAGGUUCGGGAUCCCUACUCUGGCCGCGAUUUGAACAUCAGCGAGGCCAUAAGAAAGGGGAUCAUCGACAAGGAUUCCGGCGAGUACAAGGACAAGACUGGACGUAAGCUUUCCCUGACAGACGCCGCCAAGUACGGCAUCCUCGGCGUGGCGGCUGUUGUGGGCGCGCCGGUCCUCGCUGGAGUGGCCGCCGCUCAGGCCAUCAAGAAGGGCAUCAAGAAAAUCAAGAAGGUGGACCCCAAGACUGGCGCGGAGAUCGUCAUUGAAGAGAGCGUGGAGAUCAUAUCCGAGAGUCCCCAAGAUGAGGAUUCCACACUUCCGGUCGUAGGGAAACACUCUCGGACGACCAUCAAGUCCACGACCGUUGUUGAAACCGACAUCGUGUUACAAGACCCAACCACAGGAGAGGAAAUGUCCCCCGAGGAAGCCAUCUCCCGAGGGCUAAUCUCUCCUGACGAACUUGAGGAAAUCAGGGACUCGGCUCACGGGAAAAUUCAGGCUGUCCAGGAAAUAUCAUCAUUGGACGAGAGGAUCAGAAUACAAGAGAAGAAGGAGAUCGGACCAAUAGAGUUUGACGAGAGUACAGCUGAACCGAAGACAGUCUCCGGUGAUGAUGUGGAAAUGAUGGCCGAGCACAGGACGUCACCAGCUAGUCCGGAAAAGACUUCGAGGGAGACAUCACCCAAGAAAGCGAGGUCCCCUGUGGCUGAAGAUCAACCAGAAAAGGCAACCAGAGAGGUGUCACCCACGAAGGCAAAGUCCCCAGUGGCUGAGGAUAAGUCCCCUGCCAGCCCCGAGAAAGUAUCGAGAGAGACAUCACCCAAGAAAGCAAAGUCCCCAGUGGCUGAGGAUAAGUCCCCUGCCAGCCCCGAGAAAGUAUCGAGAGAGACAUCACCCAAGAAAGCAAAGUCCCCAGUGGCUGAGGAUAAGUCUCCCACAAGUCCAGACAGACCAUCCAGCAGAGAGACAUCACCCAAGAAAGCAAAGUCCCCAGUGGCUGAGGAUAAGUCUCCCACAAGUCCAGACAGACCAUCCAGCAGAGAGGCUUCACCCAAGAAGGCAAAGUCCCCAGUGUCUGAAGACAAGUCCCCCACAAGUCCAGACAGACCAUCCAGCCGAGAGGCUUCACCCAAGAAGGCAAAGUCCCCAGUGUCUGAAGAUGAGUCUCCCACAAGUCCAGACAGACCAUCCAGCCGAGAGGCUUCACCCAAGAAGGCAAAGUCCCCAGUGUCUGAAGAUGAGUCUCCCACAAGUCCAGACAGACCAUCCAGCAGAGAGGCAUCACCCAAGAAGGCAAAGUCCCCAGUGACCGAAGAUAAGUCCCCAGCAAGUCUAGAAUCCACUCCAUCUAGGGAAACAUCGCCUAAGAAAGCAAAGUCCCCUGCAAGUCCGGAAUCAAGUCCUUCUAGAGAGACAUCACCUACAAAGGCCAAGUCCCCAAUGACUGAAGAUAAGUCCCCUGCAAGUCUAGAAACAUCACCCAAGAAGGCAAAGUCCCCAACAGCUGAAGACAAGUCCCCCACAAGCCCAGACAAAGUAUCCAGAGAGUCAUCACCCAAGAAGGCCAAGUCCCCUGCCAAGACUCCUCCCUCUGAUGUGCCUUCCCUCGGAGAACCAACCGUCGCUGAUGUUGAUGUUGAUGCCAGCGUUCCAUCCACGGACAAACCAGAUGCCUCCGCCAUGCCAAAAGUGCCUGUGGAAACCCCUCAAGGCCUUCCCUCUAUGGACACAGAGAUGAAGGAAGUGUCUCCAACCAGAGGCUCUCCAGUCAAGGAUGAGCGAGUUUCUUCACCGAGGGAGUCUCCAGUGACAGAUGAAGGACUGGCGGAGAUGAGAGACAUAUCCCCAGUCAAGGGUGAACCUGUGACGACCUCACCCACCGAAGGCUCUCCAGUAAAGGACAUCUCACCACAGCCCAUGGACACCACCACAGCGCCAGCAGGGAAAGCUCCAAGCACCCCAAGCAGUCGAGACCGGAGCCCAGAGGAACCUUCCCCAGACCGAAAACUCUCACUCGGGGAACAGACCAGAGAGCGCGUUACAACCGAGCCAAAAUUCAGCGUUGCCAUUGGACGCGCCAAGUCCCUGCCCAGGUCAACCCACGAGGGCAAGCCAGUCGUGCUGCAGAAGGUGCGCAGGAAAUCCAUGAAGCCCAAACAUGCAGCAACGAAGGGCGUCGUCGAUGAGAAGACUGCCUCCCUUCUCGAGGAUCUUGGCUCCCUCCGUGGCCCCGCAGGAGAACCCUUGUCCCUUGAGGAAGCCUUGAGACUGAAGCGAGUGGACGGCGACAGUGGAGCAAUUGUUGACAUCGCGUGUGGUGAGCCUCGCACUAUUAACGAGGCCGUCGAGAGUGGCAUCCUGGACAGUGCCACAGGGAGCGUUCUUGUGCCCAUCGCCAGGAGUGUGACAUUACCCGAGGCAGUGUCACAAGGGCUGUUCGACAAGGAGGCUCAGAGAUUCAUCCAUCCCGAGACUGGUGACGUGUUAACUCUCCAUGAGGCGAUCUUAUGUGACAUCAUUGACCCCGUUUCGCAGAUCAAGGACCCGGACUCAAAUCAGAUUCUCACCUUAGACGAGGCCAUCAAGACCGGACUAGUCGACCCUGAAUCCAGCCAGGUCAAGACGAAACAUGGCUUUGUGACCUUACUGGAAGCCAUUGAGAUGAACCUGUUUGUGACGAGUGAGGUCGCAAGGGUUGACUGGCUACCUCCACUGGGCAUGACCUUCCCUGUCGCCCUAGAGAGAGGACUCGUUGACGCCGAUACCAAGGAGAUAAUUCACCCGGUAACCAGCGACCGCCAGCCAUUGAAAAACGCCAUCGAUAAUAACUUCAUCCUCGCCCUUCCGUGCCCCAUCCGACCCGACAGUGUGCAGGUUACGCAGGCGCUGGAGUGCAAGCUGAUCAACACCAAUGCCUGCACCUUCACCAUCCCAAGCACAGGCGAGGAAGUCCCCGUAGAGAAGGCCGUGGAGAGUGGGAUGCUGCAGAUCAAACCCAUGACGGUCGUUCUGCCUCACGAGCAGGAGGAGGGAGUCACCUUUACGGAAACUGUGACCUCCUACGAAACCAUUAUCACCAAGACGAUUCGGGUGGAGACGAAUUACGUGAUGGUGAGCGCCACCGAGGUCAAGAACACCAACACCGGAGAGAUCAUUCCCCUGGAGGAGGCUAAGAAGAGGGGCAUCGUGGUUGAGGUUGACACUGAGGAGGAGACGAAGGAGAAACUGACCUUCCGAGAGGCUGUCGAGCAAGGUCAUGUGGACUUUUCCAGCGGCACAUUCAAGGACCCGGUCACCAAUCAGGAAGUGCCGAUACAGGAGGCCAUCCAGCAGGGCCUUGUCAACCCCACAGAGGCCGCGCCAUCCACCGAGGUCACCAGCAAGAUCAACAUCAUGGAAGCGUUCUCCACCAUCUACCAUGAGAAGUCCGGUAAAUUCAAAGACCCGGAAUCUGGAACGCUUCUCACACUUGAUGAGGCCAUGAAGAAGGGCGUGAUAGACCCCGAUUCCAUGGUCUACGACACCAAGAGCGGCGACGCCCUCACCACCAGGGAAGCUGUGGAUAAGGGGGUUAUUGACGUACAGGCCGGGAACUUCAUCGACCCGAAAUCCGGGAGCAAAAUCAAGGUGAAGGAUGCUGUCAAAAUGGGACUACUGGCUGUCAUCGGGGCUCCGGUUCUCGCUGGGAUGGCCGUCAAGGAAGUCAUCAAGUGCGCUCGGGAGAAGUCAAAACGUACUCCAUCGCCCUCGAAGACCAGAACGACGACCACGGUGAUAACUGAGAUAAUCGAGGAGUACGUCCCCGCCAGAACAGCCGAGGAGAUGCUCAGCCGGCCAUCCUUACUGCCAGAGGACCAAAGGUGCUUCCCGAUCAUUGAAGUCGGGCAGAAAAUGACCCUAAGGAAGGCCAUGGAGGGCGGGUAUAUCGACGUCGACUCCUGCGUUGUCGUGAUGCCGUCGACCGGAGCACGGCAACCCCUGCGACGGGCCGUGGUGGAACGCACCAUAACACUCACCUCUGUGAUUGAGAUCCGCACCCGAACCGAGAUUUGGAUCAUUGAGGAGAUCACCAUCAUCACCGAGGUCAUCAGGUCCUUGGAUCCUUCAGUCUUGGCAGAGAGAGGAGAGUUCGAUCCUAAAGAAGGGAAAUUCAUGAACCCAGCCACGAAGACUCCAAUAACCUUCGAUGAGGCUCUGAGGAAAGGUUCACUCAAUCCAGAUCACACGAUGGUCAUCGAUCCUACCUCAGGAACGGAGGUUACGCUAACACACGCCAUCGAGCAUGGCAUCGUGAACCCAACCACCGGGGAAAUAACGGAUCCCAAAACCGGGGAGUCAAUUCCAUUCUUUGAGGCGGUGCAGAAGGAUCUCGUGAAGCCCAAGGACAAGAAAGAGCGUAAAAAGGAACUACAGAAACCAGAGACCUCCGUGGGCAUGAGUGAGGCCAUGACCAGCGGCCUCCUGAAACCCGACAGUGGAAUAUUUACAAACCCAACCACCGGGGAGAACAUGGCCAUCGGUGAGGCCAUCCAGAGCGGCCUGAUUGACCCGGCCUCCAUCCAUAUUGUUGACCCUCAUAGUGAGGAAACCAUCUCCCUCAAGGAGGCCGUGGAGACUGGCCUUGUGGAUCUUGACGCCGCGACCUUCACCGACCCCGAGACUGGGUGUGAGGUGGAGUUUACGGCGGCGCUCGCAAAGGGAAUCCUAGUGCCCAAGAGGAGGCCCAUGUCACUGGUGGCUGUGGUGAAGAAGGACCUUUAUGACCCCAAGACAGGCAAGGUCACGGAUACGCUGAUGAAGCAGAAGCUGGAGGUGGAUGAGGCGGUGAAGCGCGGCAUCGUGGAGCCGUUCAUCACGCUCUGCAAGGACACCAAGGCCAACAGAUACGUGACCCUUGACGAGGCGCUGGACACCGACUUGGUCAUAUCACAAAAUGGGAAGCUGAAGAACACCAAGAAGAACAGCUUCAUGACCUUCGACGCAGCGGUGCAGCAGGAGCUCAUCGUCACCAAGCGCAAGCCUGUGCCGCUCACCGAGGCCGUGCUGAGCGACAUGUACGAGCCUCAGCAGGGCUCAUUCUACGACCCGUGCGAUGGGGCAGAGUUGACGCUCAACUCGUCCAUUUCCUGCAAGCUUGUUGACAUCAAUCCCUGCCGGGUCAAAGUGAAGGAAGAAGUGUUUACCGUGGGCGAGGCUCUGGACAAGGCCAUCCUGGACGGGGAGGCCGGCCAGCUGCUGCAGCCCGAGGUGAUGCCCCUGGACCAGGCUGUGAGGCAGGGACACAUCGUUGCCUCCGUGGGCUCCCUCGCCCUACAGCAGGUGCUGGAGGACGGCCUCUACGACCCCGAGACUGGCCUCAUCACUGUCAACGGUGACCGCCUCACCAUCAGGGAAGCCAUUGCACAAAACAUCAUUGAUCCCUCCAGCAUGUCAGUAAAAGACCCGCGCACGGGAGAGCCGCUCACGCUUGAGGAGGCCAUCAAGGUGGGCAUCAUUGACCCUGAGUCCGGCACCUUCAGGGACCCUGUGACCGGGGCAGACGUCCAGCUGAUGGAGGCCCUGGCCAAGGGCAUGAUAGUUGAAGGGCGCACCAAGUUCACACUGUAUCAGGCAGUGGUCAAGGGCCUGUACAGCCCCAGCACAGGCCGUGUCACGGCUCCACUCUCCCAGGACCAGAUGACCGUCAGCCGGGCCAUCCGCAGCGGCCUGGUGGACCCCAGCACCACCCUGGCCCGGGACCCCGACUCUGAGCAGCUCAUGAGCUUCAAGCAGGCCGUCAGCAAGGAGCUGGUGGACACGCGCGCCGGUGUGAUGAGGUUUGGGAGGAUAAAGAGAGUUAACUUCAAGGACGCCUUUGAGCAAGACUACCUCCUGGAGGCUCACAUGCCCAUGGCCCUGAGGGACGUCAUCAUGAAGCAGCUGUACAGCGAGGAGAGCGGCAGGUUCCUGAGCCCCACCACGGGCAGCUGGAUCACCCUCACCGAGGCGCUGGUCGUGCAGAUGAUCGACCCGGACUCAACGCACGUCAAGGACACACAGGCCGGCCGCCUCAAGAAGGUCAACCUCCGGGAGGCCGUCGAGGCCGGCAUCGUUGACGGAGAGUCUGCGCUGGUCAAGAAUCACCAGACCAGCACCUGGCACACCCUGCUGGAGGCCUACGAGCUGACCCUGAUCGUGGACAGCCGCGUGGCCAUGUCCCUGCAGCGUGCGCUGCACCAGGGCCUGGUGGACGACGAGCAGGGCCUCAUCACGGACGUCAACACCGGACGGAAAAUAACGCUCCACGAGGCCAUGCGCCGCCUGGUCAUCAACCCCAGCCUGCCCUGCUACCUGGACACCACCUCCGGCUCCUGCCUGUCGCUGGUGCAGACCUGCAGGGAAGGAAUCAUUGACCGCCGCCUCGGCCAGUUCAUGGAUCCAAAGUCUGGCUGCACUCUGACCCUGAUGGACGCCCUUGAGCAUGGCAUGAUCCUGGACAUUGACAAGGCGCAGAGUCUGUAUGACGCCGUGACCCUGGGCUUCUUCGACCCCAAGACCGGCCGCAUGAUCCAGCCCAACACCGGCCGAAGACUGACGCUCGCCGACGCCUGCAAGCAGAACAUUGUGGACCCAACCGCCUCCAUCAUCAGGGACUCCACCAAACCAAAGUUCAUGAAGCUGCCGGCGGCCGUGACCGAGGGCUACAUUGACGAUAUCAAGGGCAAGUACGUCAUGCCAGGCACCAAGGAGGAGAUCACCCUUGAGGACGCUGCCAAGCGCUUCCUCAUCCUUCCCUCCAAGAGGCCCCUGACCGUGGAGGAGGCGCUGCAGUGCUGCCUCUACUCACCGGACAGCGGGCGCUUCACCGACCCUGCCGUGGGGGACAAGAUGGACCUGCAGGAGGCCAUCAUGCACGGCCUCAUUGACGGCAACACAUCCGCCCUCAAGAACCCCGCUGACAAGUCCAUCAAGAGCAUCAGGUCUGCCGUGGAGGACGGGGACAUCGACGCUGCCCAAGGCGUCGUCAUUCACCCCCAGACCAAGAAGGUAUACACCAUUGACGUGGCGUUUGAGAAGUGUUUGAUUGUGACCGUUAGCAAACCCAUCAGCUUCAUGCAGGCCGUCAAGCAGGGCUCCAUAGACUUUGAGAAGGGCUCGUACACUGAUCCAGAGUCAGGCAUUCAGUACACCCUGGAGGAAGCUCUUCGGUUUGAGCUGAUUGACCCCGACUCUGCCGUCAUCAAGGACCCCAACACUGGCCGGUACAAGACCCUCAAGCGUGCCAUACAGGAGGGCCUCGUGGACCUCAAGAAGCGUGCGCUGUAUGACCCCCAGAGCGGAACACUGAAGACCCUGUGCAUCAUCUUUGACCAGGGGACGAUAGUCUUCCUGAGGGAGCCGCUGUCCUUUGACGAGGCCAUUGACAAAGGUCACCUUGACACCGAGACAGGAAUGUACACGGAUCCAAACUCCAAGGAGGUUCUGAAUCUUCAGGAGACGUGCCGCCUGGGGCUCAUCGACCCCCAGACGGUGCUGAUAAAGAACACACGCUACCGCCAGCUGCUGCAGCCGGCCGAGGCAUGCCAGGUGGGCGCGCUGGACGCCGAGGAGGGCAAGGUGCUCAACAUGGCCUCAAACCAGCUGCUGACCCUGGCCGCCGCCAUCAGCGCCGGCCUGGUGGUCACCCCCCGCCGCGGCCUGGCCCUGCUGGAGGCCCUGGACUAUAACCUGUAUGACGGGGAGAGCGGCCGCCUGAUGAACCCUCACGUCAGGCAGCACAUAACCCUGAAGGAGGCGGUGGCGUGCGGCCUGAUAGACAACACCACCACCAUGGUGAGGUGCCCGGCCCAAGGCACCAUCCAGACUAUGUGUGACGCUGCGCAGGCCGGCGUGCUGGACGAGCAGGCCGGCGCCGUGGUGCACACUGGGGAGGGCACCCGCUACCCCCUGCCGGAGGCCCGCCGCCUCGGGUACCUCCUCACCGCGCAGGCGCGGCAAGCCAUGAUUGAGAAGUACCGUCAGUGUGACGCCACCAUCGUGGACAUGGUGGACAGGGUCAGCGAGAUCGAGAGGCGCCUGGCAGAGCAGGAGCCCGUCAGCGAGAAUGCCAACGGCCUACGCAACCAGAUCAACACUGUCAAGGCCAUCAAGGACGAGCUGGAUGAGAUGUUCCGUCCGCUGGGCACGUGUCUGGACGGCGUUCGGCAGGUUGUGAACCAGGGCGGCGACGUGCUGUCCCGCGAGGAGCUGACCUCCCUGGACCAGGCGGCCACGGCCCUCAAGCAGCGCUAUGACCACUGCGUGGUGCAGGCCGACACCACCCACCGCCGCCUCACCACCGCCAUGGAGGAGUUCUCAAAGUAUGAGAAGGAGAUCGCCCUCUUCGAGACCUGGCUCAAGCAGGCCAACAAGACGCUGAUAGAGAAGGAGCGGCUCUGCUCCGACCUCAACAAGAUCAAGAACCACGAGCAGGGCUGCCGGGACUUCUUGGGCGACGUCAUCGCCCACCAGGCAGACCUGCGCUUCAUCACCAUGGCCACGCAGAAGUUCCUGGACGAGUCCACCCUCUACCUGCGCACCGUCAACAACUUCCGCACCACCCUGCCAGAGCGCUACCCGCUGAUGCAGGCCGACCCAGACUCCAUGGUGCGCGACGCAGCCGACGAGGUGUCCGCCGAGUUCAAGGGGCUGCUGGCCCGGGCCAACAAGCUGGUGGACAAGGCCACCAGCGUCGGCAACAAGCAGCGUGACUACACUGAGGCCAUCGAGAAGGCCAUGCGCUGGCUGAAGGACACGGAGGUCAAGGUGUCCCGCGUCCUGCAGGAGCCGGUGGGAGCCGAGCCAAAGAUUGUUCAGGACCAGCUUGACAAAGCAAAGAUGAUCAACAACGACGUGGUGGCCCAGUCCAGGCUCUUUGACAACUGCCGCGCCACCGCCUCCUCCCUCGUGCGCUCCCUGGAGGGCGAGCUGACGGCCAACGAGCAGGCCGCCAUCGAGCAGCCGCCGGAGGAGCUGUACGAACGCUACGCCGAGCUGGCGGAGCGCAUGGGCCAUCGCUGCCAGGAGCUGGACACGGCCCUCGUCCAGUGCCAGGGCGUGCAGGAAGGCCUCGACUCCCUCAUGAACUGGCUCAACAACAUCGACCUCCAGCUGAAGAGCGCCAGCAAGCCCGCCUCGCUGAACCGGGACCGCCUGGACGAGCAGCUUCGCGAGCACCGCCAGCUGCACGCCGACAUCAUGUCCCACCAGGCGUCGGUGGUCCAGAUGAACGACUCCGCGGAGGCCCUUCUAUCUUCGGCCUCCAACGUUCGUGUGGCUAAGAAGAUCGAGACCAAGCUGCGGGAACUCAACUCAAAGUUCGAGAAGGUGGUUGAGAAGUCCGAGUCUCGCGGCCACCACCUGGAGAACGUGUCUACCCAGCUGGACGCCUUCACAGUGUCCGUGCAGCACUUCGAGGAGUGGUACAUCGAGAUUGUGGAGGUCAUCGAGUCCAGGGAAGUCCUUGCCCUGGAUAUUGAGAGCUAUGCCAGGAAGAUCGACGAGAUAUCCCGCCAGCGCGAUGCCCGCUCCGAUGACUUCGAUGGCAUGGUCAGGACGGGCAAGGACCUCGUGUCUAAGAAAGACGUCACUGACACCUCUCCCGUCAAGGACAAGAUCAAGAACUUGGAGGGCCAGUGGCGUGAGCUGAACGAGGCGCUCGACGAACGCGCCCGCAAUGGCAAGGAGCGCUCGGAGCAGCUGCUGGCCUACGAGCAGCUGCGUGACCGCUGCAUGCAAUGGCUCACCACCACCGAGAACACCAUGGACAACUUCCGUCCUGUCGGCUUGGAGCAGGAGAUCGUGAGGAAGCAGACAGAGGAUAUCAAGCCACUCUUGAAGGAGCACAGGGAGUACGGGCCAACCAUCGACAAGUUGAACGAGCUGGGCAAUGCCUACGACGCUCUGCUGCGAGGAGAGCGGCCGGAGAGCCCAACACGCAGACGCUCUUCUGUCACGCCAGUCAAGCGCCCAUCUAUCACGUCGCCUCUCAAAUCCCCAGCGAGGCGAGUGUCACAAGAUGCACGUGGGUCCUCACCGUCCCACAAGCUGAUGGGCUUCAAUGGCUCUGGCCCCAUGUCACCCAUCCCUGGAGGCUAUGCUAGCAGACGCACCUCACAAGAAGGAUUCCACCUCGAUGACAUGAGUCCCAUCCAGAAGGAGCUGAUGCAAGUCAACAACCGCUAUGACAUGAUUGGAAUGCGUCUCACCGACCGCCAGAACGACCUCGACCUCAUGAAGGACGAGCUGAAGAAGCUGAGCGACAACAUGCGCUCCGUCACGCUCAUCCUGGACAAGGCAGAACGCACCAUGCCCAGGGAGGUCGUGCCCACCACCAAGGAGGAGGCUGACAAGUAUACCAAGCAGUGCAAGAGCGUCCUCGAAGACCUCCUGGAGAAGCAGCCGGCUCUCGACUCCCUCAAGAUCCAAGUGGUCGAACUCAUCAAGAAGCGUCCUACAGCUCCUGGCGCCGACAUCCUGCAGGACCAGGUUGACCUCAUCAGUGACCGCUUCAAGGAGCUCCAGGGCAGGCUGAAGGACCGCCUCACCUUCCUGGAAAGAACCAAAGACUUCCUGGAUAGCUAUGACGCCCUCAACAACUGGCUCAACUCCAAGGAUCGCAUGAUGACCGUCCUGGGCCCCAUCGCCUCGGACCCGCGCAUGGUCCAGAUGCAGGCCCAGCAGGUGCAGGUCCUGAGGGAAGAGUUCCAGUCCCAGGAGCCCAAGCUGGCGGACCUCAACGACGCCGGGGACAACAUCAUUGGCGCCUGCGAGCCCAACUCCAUGGCAGCCAAGAAGAUGAACGACAAGCUGGACACCAUCAACAACAAGUGGACAGAACUCAUUGGCCAGCUGGACUCCCGGGACUCCGCCCUCAACGCUGCCUCCGACGCCAGCACCGACUUCUACGACAAGUACAACAAGCUACACGACACCCUGCUCAAGCUGGGAGACGACUUCGACGAGGUCACGGCUUCCGGCGCAGACUCUGCCAAGCAAAUCGAAGCAGUCAUCAUCCUCGAGAAGGGACUCCAGAAGGCCCGAGCUGACCUCAUCGACCUGGAGGGGCUCGGAGACCAGCUGAUCUCCAUCCUGUCCGAUGCAUCCUCCAAGAGUGACAUCAAGGCCAAGAUCACGCAGCUCAACAGAAUGUUCAACAACCUCGAGAGGAAACUUGGGAACCGCAAGUCAGAGCUUGAGGCGUCCCUCAGGGACGAGGAAGAGUUUGGGCAGUCCUGCCAGGACAUCCAGGAGUGGCUCUCAGACCAGGUGGCCCACCUCAAGGACCAGCUGCUGGUGUCUGCUGACAGGGACAUCUUGGGACACCAAGUGGCAGACUUUGAGCCCAUCUACAAGGACCUGAUGGCCAAGGAACACGAGGUCAUCAUGAUGAUCAACAAGGGCAAAGACAUUGUUGCCAAGUCAUCUCGCAAGGAUCUGAACCGCCAGCUGACGGCAACCCUGGACGCCAUCAAGAAGGAAUGGGACAACGUGCGCAAGGUGGCCGUGGACCGCCGCACCAGACUCCAGAACUGCAUGGACACCUGCAACAAGUUCCACACCCAGCAGGACCGGUUCAACCCCUGGCUGGACAAGGCCGAGGACCGGGCCAGGUCCAUGGAGCCCAUUGCCUUUGAGAAGAGAGCCAUUGACAAGCAGAUCAAGGACAUUCAGGCCUUCAAGAAUGAGGUGUCUCGCCACAGUGGGGAUUAUGAGAACAACAGAACUGCAGGCGAGAAACUCAUUUUAUGCACAGACACCGACCACGAGGGCGUGCACGAUGCCGUCGGCCUGAUGAAGGAGCGCUGGGACCACCUCAACGCCAUUGUGUUUGCCCGGGCCCAGGACCUUGACGAUGUUGCCGCCAAGCUGGCCGACUUCAACGACAAGGCCCGAGACCUGGACCACACCCUCCAGCGCUGCGGCGACAGGCUGGCCUCCCUGGACACCCUUGCAGGGACAGGGAAGGAUGCAAAGUCCCUGGAGAGAAUGAAGGCCCUGCUGGAUGAGACCGAAGCCCUUGCCAAGCAGGUGGACCAGGUGAAGCACAAGGGUGAGGACCUGUGUGGGGCGGCCGACUCCCUCGGCUCCGACGCCACGCACAUCCAGGAUGAAGUUGAGAGACUGGCAGACCGUUAUGGCAACCUGAGAGGCAAGCUGGAGGACCGCUGCCACGACCUGGAGGAAGCCUCCAACGCAGUGAACCAGUUCAGCGCCCUCGUCAAGAACGUUGGGCAGGAACUGUCCGGCCUGGACGACGAGCUGGACCGCAUGGCGCCCGUCGGCAGGGACAUGAAGACAGUGACUAACCAGAUCGACCAGCUCCACAGCUUCAUGUCCAAGGUGGACAUGAAGGGAGACGAAAUCAGUGACGCCAAGGCUGCCCUGGAGGAGCUGGUGAACCAAGGCUUCACCAACGCCAACAACCGCGCCUCCGAGGACCAGAUCAAGCAGCUCGAGAGGCAGCUGAAGAAGAUCCAGGACCGCUGCGACACCCGCAACAAGGACCUGGACACAGUCAUGAAGAAGCUGGAGAACUUCUACGACAAAUACAACAACGUGAUGGACGACAUCAAUGAGACGGACAAGGAGGGCGAGGCCUUCAAGCCUGUGGGCGCCGACGUGGACACCAUCAUCGCCCAGCAGGAGGAGUUCAAGCGCUUCAAAGGAAAGAGGAUUGAAGCCCUCAGCAAGCAGGUUGCUGAGUGUAACAAGCUUGGCCAAGGCCUCAUCCAGAGCGCUGCCUCUGGCGUCAACACCCAGGCCCUGGAGAAUGACAUUGACUCACUGAACGAGCUGUGGAACCGCCUGAAGGAGAUGAUUGGAGACAGGGAGAAGGCCCUGGACAAGGGACUCAUGCAGUCUGGCAAGUUCCAGGAUGCCCUUGACAGCAUGCUGCAGUGGCUCGGAAACUUUGAGGAGAUGAUGGCCAACCAGGCGCCCAUCUCCGGGGAGUACUCCGUGGUGAAGGCCCAGGCACAGGAGCAGAAGUUCCUGAGGAAGAUGCUCCUGGACCGCCAGAACGAGAUGCAGGCGCUGCUGUCCAUGGGCCGCAGCCUGGCCGCUGACCUGGAGCCCUCGGAGAAGGCCGUGGUUGAGGGCCAGAUGGACGACCUGCUGAACCGCUUUGACGACGCAGGUGCCCGCUCCCAGGAGCGCAUGGAGGCCCUGGAGGAGACCCUGAAGGUUGCCAAGGAGUUCCAGAACAAGCUGAACCCCAUCUCAGAAUGGCUGGACCGCACCGAGAAGAAGCUGAAGGAGAUGAGCACCGUGCCGUCCGACGAGGCCAAGAUCCAGCGCCUCCUCAACGAGCAUGACCACCUGCACGACGAGAUCCUGGGCCAGAAGCCAGCCUUUGACGACCUCACUGACGUGGCCACGGCCCUCAUGAGCCUGAUCGGCGAUGAUGAGGCCAACGCCCUGGCCGACAAGCUGCAGGCCACCACCGACAGGUACGGCCAGCUGGUGGAAGACUCCGAGGCUCUCGGCCGCCUCCUCCAGGAGUCCAAGGUUGGCCUGCGCCACCUGGUGCUGACCUAUGAAGACCUGCUCUCCUGGAUGGACGAGAUGGAGGCACGCCUGUCCAAGUACCGCGUCCUGUCCGUGUUUGUGGAGAAGCUGUUGGAGCAGAUGGACGAACUGACGGACCUUGGAGAGGAGGUCGUGUCCCACGAGAAGCAGGUCGGCGAGGUCAUGGAUGCCGGCUCCCACCUCAUGAAGCACAUCUCCAGCGAUGAGGCCCUGCAGCUCAAGGACAAGCUGGACUCCAUACACCGGCGCUACAACGACCUGAGCGCCAAGGCCACGGACCUCCACAAGGCAGCCAACGAGGCGCUGCCCCUGGUGCAGCAGUUCCACAGCGCCCACGACCGCCUGGGCUCCUGGAUGCUGUCCGUCGAGGGUCAGCUGCAGAGCAUUGACUCCUCGGGACAGAUCAUGGAGGAGGAGAUUGAGAGACUGUCCCAGGAGAUACAGGAACACCGUCCACUGGUGGAGGCCGUCAAUCUUGUCGGCCCGCAGCUGUGCCAGAUCUCCCCCGGGGAGGGCGCCUCAAACAUUGAGACGCUGGUCACCAGGGACAACAGGAGGUUUGAGCAGAUCUGUGAACAGAUCCAGAGGAGGAUGGAGAGGAUCCACAUGUCCAAGCAGAGGUCCCAGGAGGUCACCCAGGACAUCGAUGAGCUGCUGGGAUGGUUCAGAGAGGUCGAGGGACAGAUCCGUGAAGCCGAGCCUCCCAGCGUGGACCCCGAGGAGAUCCGCAUCCAGCUGAAGGAGCACAAGGCACUCAACGACGACGUGGCCAGCCAGAAGGGCAGAGUGAGGGACGUGCUGUCCAACGCCAAGAAGGUGCUGCGCGAGUCCCCGCACCACGAGGACACCAGCGAGCUGAGGGAGAAGAUGGAUGACCUCAAGGAGACCAUGGAGCUGGUGUCCAAGCUGUCCUCCGACCGCCUGUCCACCCUGGAGCAGGCCCUGCCCCUGGCCGAGCACUUCUUCGAGACGCACCACGAGCUGGACGACUGGCUCGCCGCCAUGGAGAACGAGGCAAUGGUCAUGGACACGCCCGCCCUCCGCGCCGACCAGAUCAUCCGCCAGAUGGAGAAGAACAAGAGCUUCCUCCAGUCCAUCGGGGACCACAAGCCGCUCCUGGACAAGCUCAACAAGACUGGCGGCGCCCUGCUGAAGCUUGUCAACAACGAAGACGGCCUCAAGAUCCAGGAGCUGCUGGAGAGCGACAACGAGAGGUACAACGCCCUCAAGUACGCCCUGCGCGAGAGGAGCCAAGCCCUGGAGGACGCCCUUCAGGAGACCAGCCAGUUCUCGGACAAGCUGGACGGCAUGCUCUCCGCCCUGGCAGAGACAGCCGACCAGGUGAAGAACGCCGAGCCCAUCUCAGCGCACCCCGAGAAGAUCCACGAACAGGUGCAGGAGAACAACGGCAUCAUCGACGACCUGGAGAGGAAGGAGUCUGCCUUUGCUGCCGUGAAGGCUGCCGCCGAGGACGUCAUCAACAAGGCCUCGAGGAACGACCCCGCCGUCAAGGAUAUCAAGUCCAAGCUCGACCGCCUCAACAAGCUGUGGGACAUGGUGCAGAUGGCCACCACACAGCGCGGCCAGUCACUCGAAGACGCACUCGCCAUGGCUGAGAAGUUCUGGGACGAGCUCCAGAACGUUAUGGCUGCCCUCAAGGACCUCCAGGACACCCUCAAGGCUCAAGAACCCGUGGCCGUCGAGCCUCAGGCCAUCAAGCAACAGCGUGAGGAGUUGUCGCAGAUCAAGAACAAAAUCGACCAGACCAAGCCCGAGGUGGAGCAGGUGCGCCAGACCGGCCGGGAGUUGAUCACCCUGGUUGGCGACUCUGACAAGCCAGAGGUGAAGAAGAACAUUGAGGACCUGGACUACGCCUGGGACAACGUGACAGCGUUGUACGCCAAGAGGGAAGAGAACCUGAUUGAUGCCAUGGAGAAGGCGAUGGAGUUCCACGACACGCUGAGGAACAUGUUGGAGUUCCUGGAGAAGGCGGAGGACAAGUUCAGCAACAUGGGGGCCAUCGCUGGAGACAUCGAGGCCAUCAAGGGACAGAUCAAGCAGCUGCACAAGUUCAAGGAUGAGGUUGACCCCCACAUGGUCAAGGUGGAGGCCCUCAACAGACAAGCUCAGGAGCUGCGGGAGCGCACGUCCCCAGACCAGGCAGCCGCCAUCAUGGAGCCGCUGGGCGAGGUGAACCGCCGCUGGGACGAGCUGCUCAAGGGCAUCGUGGAGAGGCAGCGCAACCUGGAGUACGCACUGCUCAAGCUGGGCCAGUUCCAGCACGCCCUCAAGGAGCUGAUGGUCUGGAUCGAGCGCACCACCAAGACCGUGAGCGACCUCAAGCCGGUGUUUGGCGACCCUCAAGUCAUCGAGGUUGAGCUGGCCAAGCUGAAGGUCACCAUCAACGAUAUCCAGGCCCACCAGUCCAGCGUGGACACCCUCAACGACGCAGGACGGCAGCUCAUCGAGGCCGACAAGGGGUCUGAAGACGCAUCUAACACGCAACUGAAGCUGGGUGAGUUGAACAAGAAGUGGACGGAGCUGCAGGAUAAGGCGAACUCCAAGCAGAGCGACCUAGAAAGCGCUCUCCGGGAAGCCCAGAUCUUCAGUGCUGAGAUUCAAGACCUCCUCCUCUGGCUCGGGGACAUUGACGCUGCGUUGUCGUCCUCCAAACCAGUCGGUGGCCUUCCCGAGACCGCCAAGGAGCAGCUACUCCGCUUCAUGGAGAUCUACGACGACCUGGAGGAGAACCGUUCCAAGGUUGAGAGCACAAUGCAGCAGGGCCAGGAGUACUUGAAGCGCUCCAGGGAGGGCGCAGCGACCAACCUCAACCACAGCCUCCGCACCCUCAAGCAGCGCUGGGAGAGCGUCAUGAACCGCGCCAACGACAAGAAGAUCAAGCUGGAGAUUGCGCUGAAGGAAGCCACAGAGUUCCACGACGCCCUUCAGGUGUUUGUGGACUGGCUCACCGAGGCCGAGAACUUGCUCAACAGCCAGCAUCCCGUCUCCCGCGUCCUGGACAUCAUCCUGGAGCAGAUCGAGGAGCACAACACCUUCAAGAAGGACGUCACAGCCCACAGGGAGGUGAUGCUCAGCCUGGACAAGAAGGGAACUCAUCUCAAGUAUUUCAGCCAGAAGCAGGACGUCAUCCUCAUCAAGAACCUGUUGGUGUCUGUCCAGCACCGAUGGGAGAAGGUCGUGUCCAAGGCAGCUGAGAGAACACGCGCCCUUGACCUCGGCUUCAAGGAGGCCAAGGACUUCCAUGACAACUGGAACGAGCUGGUGACCUGGCUGGACGAUGCAGAGACCUCCCUUGACGACCUGGCUGCCAACGUGGGCAACGACCCCGAGAAGAUCAAGGCCCAGAUCGCCAAACACAAGGAGUUCCAGAGGGCUCUCGGUGCCAAACAGCCAUCCUACGACAGCACCAUGAAGCAGGGCAAGGGGCUCCAGAACAAGGCUCCCAAGACAGACGAGGAGACCCUGAAACAGAUGCUGACGGACCUGAAGAACAAGUGGAACAGCGUGUGCCAGAAGAGUGUGGACCGCCAGAGGAAGCUGGAGGAAGCACUCUUGUUCACCGGGCAGUUCAAGGAUGCCACCCAGGCCCUCCUCGACUGGCUGAAGAAGGUGGAGAUGGGGCUCGUGGACGACGGCCCUGUCCACGGAGAUCUUGACACGGUUAUGGCACUCGUUGAACAGCACAAGGCCUUCUGUGCGGAGAUGAAGAACCGCUCUACCCAGGUCGAGAGUGUACGCCGCACGGCUGAUGAGUUACUGGUGAAGGCAAGCGCAGAAGACGCCAUAACCAUCCGCUCGCAGAUAUCCGAGCUCAUUGGAUCCUGGGAGAGGGUUGAAAGGGCCACUGACAUCCGCACCAAGCGACUGGAGGAAGCACUGCAGGCCGCUGAGAAACUCCAUAAGGUGGUCCACAUGCUUCUCGAUUGGCUGUCCGACGCCGAGAUGAAGCUGAGGUACGCCGGUCCUCUGCCAGACAGCGAGGAAGACACACGACAGCAGAUAGCGGAGCACGAAGCCUUCAUGGCCGAGCUCAACCGCAAGGAGAAGGAGAAGGACGACACCAUUGCCCUCGCCGAAGACAUCCUGGCCAAGGCGCAUCCCGACGGCGUGGCGACCAUCAAGCACUGGAUCACCAUCAUUCAGUCUCGGUGGGAGGAGGUCAUGGCGUGGGCAAGGCAGAGGGAGACCAGGCUGUCCGACCACCUCAGGAGCCUCCGAGACCUCGCUGGCCUGCUGGACGAACUCAUGCGCUGGCUCGUACAGGCUGAGAACAAUCUGACCGUACUGGAGGCUGAGCCGCUUCCUGACGACAUUCCUGCCAUCGAGGGCCUCAUCGCCGACCAUAAGGAGUUCAUGGACGAGAUGCAGAAGAAGGAACCGGACGUGCUCAGCAUAUGCAAGCCGUCCAAGCCUCGCCCAUCCCUGUCGCAGCCUAACAAGAAGCGCUCCAGAGCCUCCCUUGGUCGGGAGAGUGUGAGCCCCGGAAGGGAGUCUUCACCCGACUUUGAUUACCCGUCACGCCGAUCCAGUCGCAUCAGCCCCGACCGCGAGUCUUCCCCCGGCCCUAAGUCACGAAAGUCCAGCCGCGCAUCACCAGCACGUGAGGUAACACCCACUCGUGAAUACCCGCGGCCCUGGAUGUAUGGAGCAAGAACCACACCCCCACGAGAGACUUCCCCCGGAGCCGAGCGGGAAGGGGACUGGCCUCUUGGCAACUUACGCUUUGUCACGUCCACACCAACACCUUCCUUUGCCGGCACAUCUGCUGCGGCGGGGAGGAAGAGCAGCAAAGCCAGCGUGCGUGAGGAGCCCCAGAUCAAGAACCCACAGGCGAGGGCGCUGUGGGAGAAGUGGCAGCACGUUGGGUUCAUGGCCUGGGAACGCAUGCGCCGCCUCCACGAUAAGCUCAACUACCUGCACGAGCUGGAGAAACUCAAGAACUUCUCAUGGGAGGAAUGGAGGAAGAGGUUUAUGAAGUUCAUGAACCACAAGAAGUCCAGAGUGACCGACCUCUUCCGCAAGAUGGACGCGGACAACGAUGGAGCCGUUCCCCGCGACGACUUCAUUGACGGCAUCCUGAAGACAAAGUUCCCGACCAGCCGCCUGGAAAUGGGCACCGUGGCCGACAUCUUCGAUCGCAACCAAGACGGCUACAUCGACUACCAAGAGUUCAUCGCCGCCCUACGACCCGACUGGGAGCGCAAGGGACCGCUGACCGACGCCGAGAGAAUAGACGACGAAGUGCAGAAGCAGGUGUCCAAGUGUACCUGCCGACAGAAGUUCAGGGUCCAUCAAGUGGGCGAAGGGAAAUACAGGUUCGGAGACAGCCAAAAGCUUCGCCUGGUCCGUAUCUUGCGCUCCACCGUCAUGGUGCGUGUGGGCGGUGGCUGGGUGGCUCUUGAUGAAUUCCUCGUCAAGAAUGACCCGUGCCGAGUGUGUCCAUCCAUACCUGAGCUAGAGCAGGUUGGAGAUUUGGAACUUCAUGAGCAUGGGUGUCCAAUGAGGGGCAAGACGUCACCUGCCGGGUCCUGCCGUAGCUCCUCCAAGGGUCGUACCAAUGUGGAGUUACGUGAGCAGUUCAUCCUGGCGGAGGGCGUGUCUCAGAGCAUGACUCCGUUCAAGUCCAAGCCUAGCCCCAACAGUUCUGUGUCGAGUCAGUCCGGCACGACCGCCCAGCACCGAUCCCAGUCCCUCCCCAACUCUGGGCCCAUUAUCAAGGUUCGUGAGAGAACAGCCAAGAGCUCAGCAAUGGGCCGAGCUUCCUUCAGCGCUGGCACCCCAGACUCAUCCUUCAGUGAGGAGGGCGGCACAUCUGGGUUCCAUCUGCACGGCAGCAAGCGCAAGGCCUCGGCACCCGUCACCUCUCGCUCAUCCUACAAUACCUCAGGUGACAGUCAGCCUGGCAGCCGUGGUGGGAGUCGCCCUCAGUCCCGAGGCCCCGGCUCACGCCCGGGUUCACGUCCCCCAAGUCGUGCAGGCUCAGAAGUGUCUCUUGACUCCAACGAUGGCGGCCGGACACCAAUGAAACGCACACCGUCCUUCACCGGCCGAACACGCGCAACAUCUAGUCAAUCUUCAGGGGUCCAGCGCUCGUCCUCCCUCAGAAAAGCCUCGGCCCCUGUCAAGUCCUCCACAGACACUGUCAACGGUACAGGAACUCGUACCAUUUCCGUCUCUUCAAGGUCACGUAGCAUGACAAGAACUACCUCAGCGUCCAGUAUCCCAGUCGCUGUGGCGGCCUCAAGGUUAUAUUCACCGACUCUCUCCAGUCGAUUGAAAGAGGCAGGAAUUAGGACCAAAAUUCCGGUUCUUGCGGGUCCUGCCUCUGAUUGGGAACGGACUAACCUCUCUGGGUCCGCCUCUAACCUGAGUGUAGCGGGAACCCCUCUCAGGUCCCGAACAUCAUCAACAACUAGUCUUAACUCCAAUCAUUCCUCCAGCAAAAUUCCAACACUGAGACCAAAAACUUCUGCCACACUCACCACCACACUCAAGACUCCCACCACAAGGACUCGGACUCCUUCCGGUUCCAGCAGCACCGGUGGAACUACUAGGCUGGUCCGCAAGUCCUCUGGAGCCUCCGACACCCCGACCGGCGUAGCAAGGAAAACCGGAAUUAUGGAACCCAAGCGCAGAGUAUAGGACUGAACGAAAGGUUGUGGCAGAGAAGCAAAUGCAGGAUAUAUUAUUUUGUAUAUUGUAAUACAUCCUGAAAUGCAUCUAAUUUCUGAACUGUAAUUGCUCUCCAAUUAAUUUUUGGUCUGAAAUUACUUUCAAGUUAACUUAAGUUGUCUUAAUUAAGUGUGAGCAAUGGUGUACUGGUCACUAUUGGAGAGUGCCUCGGCAGUGUGUCUGCCGGCACGCUAUUUGGAACAAAGCUUUAAAACUUUAAUCCCUAGGACGUCUGACCAUGAAUUUCCUCUUCCGGCACACGACGGAACCGUUCUGUGCGGAAAGUCCUUUUGCAUAAAUUCCCUUUUUUUCUUUUUAUGAAAUACCUGUUUCCAUGAAUUUGCUAGCAUUUGUGAUACUAUGACAGGACACGUCCUGUUGCCUAACAACGUGGCGGGGCCGGCACACCCACAGACCGCUGGCGUUGUCCCGUUGGCUGCCGCCGCAGCACAGUGGUCACGCACUGGUGGUUGUGGCAUGCCGGGCGUCGCCAUGAAAAGUGAUAUCUAUAUAUAUAAAGUAUAUAUAUACAUAUAUAUAUAUAUGGUAGUGCAAGCCCAUUUUAAAUUUCUCAGCCAUUCCACUCAACAUAUCUUGCAUGCUUUAAAGUAGGUUGUUUAUGUGCAAGUCUUCAAAGACAAAGUUUUACUGUUUUAUUCUUUUGGCCAAACACAAGAUUUUGAUAUCGCGAAAUAUUUGUGUCACGUCUUGCACAGUUUAUUCAUUUUAUAUAUUUUUUUACAUCCAAAAGCGUUGAACCAGAGAAGCUCAAGCUAGCAAACCCAUUCACCGACUGGUUCAUAGAUUAAGGCAGUUUUUGUGUACUCACCAUUAAUGCUUCACACCUAACCACUGUCCACGUGCUUGUCCCGCAACAAGCCUUAAGGGGGUAUGAUAGGUUGCCAAACUGCCUUUUUUUUUCUACUGCUCCAAAUUCAACAGGAGUUUGAUGGUGCUUAAUAGUCUAUAGAAUUUAUACUACAUUAAGUGAAUAAUACUGGUACUCGAAAACGUUAAAAACAUGCUCCUCAGUGGUUCUAAUUUGUGCUACUAAUAGACGUACAAGGAAGGCGGUUGUGCUGAUCGACGGAUGGCAAGCGCCAGGCCCUCGUGUGAUUGUGGCCCGGCGCGCUUAUCUGAGUCACUAGCUGAUUUCAAAGGAAGUGACAGCCAAGUGAUCAUUCCCGCGUACUCUCAAAUGUUUGUCCCCGAGGUCAUAAGGGAGCGGUUCUCAAACACAUACAAGAAUUUGGGUGGUUCUGGGAUGCAAGGUUAGGCUGGCGGGUGUGAGGGGGCGAGGGAGGCAGCCUGGUUCCGGGUUAUUCAGAAAGUACCAACAUCAACUUUCUACAUCAGGGUCUGUCGUCCUUGCCUCGUCACCCCCGGCAGCCUAUCUCCGUUUUUUUCUGCUGUCUUUUAACACGUUGAGUUCAAGACAGCUUUCUUACGCUCUUACUUUUCGUUGUAUUUGUUUGUAUAAACCCUUUGCUUUCAUGCUUUGUUGUAAGUUGUAAAUAAUAAAGUAUAGGAGCCCAGUGAAAGAUUUAAUUAUAGGGCACAAGGUAAAGUUUAUAAUUUAAUGAAGUCUGAUGUACUAAAGUUUUUUUUGGUUAAAUAUACAACUAGACCAACCGUUAUAGAAUAUUUUUUGUAUUUAAACAGCUUCUGAUUAAACUAAUGCUUAUAAUAAAUGAGUAACUUAAAAA